AUGGUUAAAUUGGUUAAAUUUGAUAUUGAAUUCGAUAAUGCUGAAAAUGUUUAUUUUGCUGGACAAGAAGUAUCCGGAAAGGUUGUGAUUGAAAAUAGUGAACCUAAAAAGGUCAAUGAAGUACUAAUGGAACUUAAAGGACGAGCUAAAACAUAUUGGACAAAACAUUCAGGUAAAUCACGAGUGCACUAUAGUGAAGCUGAACCAUAUUUUUGUGAACAAUUCAACACUUGCUACACCCAUCAAUUUACACAAACCAAUUCUGAUAAUAAAAAAGAACGAAUUUUACCAAUUGGAAGGCAUGAAAUACCAUUUUCAUUUACAUUACCAAAAACAUUACCGACAUCAUUUGAAGGAGAUUUUGGUUUUAUACGAUAUACAUGUAAAGCAGUAUGUGAACGUCCAUGGGAUGUUGAUAUUGUAUCAAAACGAGCAUUUACUGUUAUCGGUAUUGAGGAUAUUAAUCAGGAUCCUGAGGUAAUGGAACCAGUAUGUGAAACAAAUUCAAUUUCAUCGGUAAAAUUUUGCUGUCAAAAGCAAGGCUCAAUAACGGUGAAAAUGUCAGUUGAUCGAACUGGAUUUACACCUGGUGAAAAAAUUCAAGUAAAUAUCGUAAUAACAAAUGAUAGUACCAAAAUGAUUCGAUGUAUAACAUUGAAAAUGAAGCAGUAUGUUGAUUAUAGGUAA